GAAAAUAAAAAUGAAUGGUUCUUUCUUUUCUUCAUUAAUUCAUUCAUCUCUCUCUCUCUCUCUACGAUGCAAGUUUUGCAGAACAACAGGAUCCAACAUUUCAGCGUAUCUCAACACUUUCGCGCCUGAUCGCGUUUUCUUCCAUCUUCAAGAUUUCGUUGUAAUCAACAAAACAAUAUCGUGUGAGGCUUAAAUUGAAGGUGUUGUUGUGUUUGAAGAAAUUGAGGGAACAAUGUCUGGUCGGGGAGAACAUCAUUCCGUACCCCUUUCGGUGCUGUUGAAGCGUGAAUCGCUGAGCGAGAAAAUAGAGAAACCUGAUAUGGUUGUAGUGUAUGGAAAUGCUAGCGAGAAUAAGAAAGGAGAAGAUUUCAUUUUACUAAAGACCGAAUGUCAAAGAGUCGUUUGUGAUGGUGUUUCUACGUAUUCUGUCUUUGGGCUAUUUGACGGACACAAUGGAUCUGCUGCUGCGAUUUAUGCCAAGGAGAAUCUUCUGAACAAUGUUUUAGGUGCCAUUCCUCCUGAUCUCAACAGAGAUGAGUGGGUAGCAGCGUUGCCAAGGGCUUUGGUUGCUGGCUUUGUGAAGACUGAUAAAGAUUUUCAACAGAAAGCACAAACAUCGGGAACAACUGUAACAUUCGUGAUUAUAGAAGGUUGGGUUGUAACAGUUGCAUCAGUUGGUGAUUCCCGUUGCAUACUUGAACCUUCUGAAGGUGGGCUUCAUUACUUGUCAGCAGAUCAUCGACUAGACACAAAUGAAGAAGAGAGGGUGCGCAUCACUUCUAGUGGGGGUGAAGUUGGUCGGCUAAAUACAGGCGGAGGUGCAGAGGUUGGUCCGUUGAGAUGUUGGCCUGGUGGGUUGUGUCUCUCUCGAUCCAUUGGUGAUAUGGAUGUUGGUGAAUUUAUUGUCCCUGUACCAUAUGUAAAGCAAGUGAAGCUUUCCAAUGCUGGAGGAAGACUUGUUAUCAGCAGUGAUGGAGUCUGGGAUGCUCUAACUGCAGAAAUGGUCCUUGAUAGUUGUCGUGGAAUGUCGGCGGAGGCUGCAGCACCACAUAUUGUAAAAGAAUCUUUGCAAGCAAAGGGCCUCAGAGAUGACACAACCUGCGUCGUGGUCGAUAUAUUACCCCAGGAGAAACCACCUACUUCUGUACGAACACAAAAGAAACCGGUAAAAGGAAUGUUGAAGGCCAUUUUCCGCAAAAAGUCCUCCGAGUCAUCUUCAUAUGUUGAAAAAGAAUACGUUGAGCCAGAUAUGGUACGGGAACUAUACGAGGAAGGAUCUGCCUUGCUUUCAGAAAGGUUUGAAACAAAAUAUCCACUCUGCAACAUGUUCAAGUUGUUCAUGUGUGCAGUGUGUCAAGUAGAGAUUAAACCUGGGGAGGGUAUUUCAGUACAUGAGGGUGCGCCUAACGCAAGGAAACCGCGUCCCUGGGAUGGACCUUUCCUUUGCUUAAGUUGCCAAAAGAAGAAAGAAGCCAUGGAAGGGAAACAGAUAUCAGAUAGACAUAGCAAUGGAAGUGACUAAUGAAUUAUCAUGUACAUAUGCAUUUUGAGAUUGACAGAGAUUGUUCAUAUAACGCAAAAGUCAAACUUCCAAGCAACUGUGACUCCCAUUAUUACAUCGGGGGUUUCUCAGAAUAUGGAUUCAUUUUGAAAUCUUCUGAUCGUUCAUAUGAAUUUUCGAGUUUUCCAAUGCUUCAUAACAGGAGACUAACAGUAGCAUCCUGUUAGAGGAUUUCUGUGACCUGGAAAAGUUGAAUAUGAACCACCCAAGAGUGGUGAAAGGUUUCUUUAAAAAAAAAAGAGUGGUGAAAGGUUCUGUAAAAAGAUGGAAUGCUCAAUAGGAAGUCGGAGGUGAUUCAUUCUUUAUCUUAUAUUCCUAUUUUGUUUCUGGAUGUAGAUCUGUUCAGUUGUAUAUGGGUCUUAAAUGGAAGUACCCUUGUUGUAUUAUGCAAUAGGAAGUUUAUCUAGACAUCGUAGUCCCAAUUCUACCAACACGAUAGUAGAUUAGACCUACAUUGAAUCUUCUGAAUAUCAACACUUUGUAAUUGAAACAGUGAAUGUUUUUUAAAGCUCAGUUUCGUUUUUUUCUUUUUGCA